UAAAUAUAUAAAUAUCAAAAACCUAUUUGUAAUUUUCAUGUGUUUAUGAUAAUCGACACUGGAAAUACGAUUCUCUUAAUAAAACCUGAGCAUUCCCCCAUCAUAACCGCCAUUAUUACACUUUAAUACCACGUAUACUCGUCACAUAAAUCUCAAGUCUUGUGCGCGCCACUAACAUAUUGUCCAUAUUGUCGCACGCAUAUCGAAUGAUUAUACUCUUCAUAUUUUUCAUUAUAAUAAUACAGCACUAUAUUGCAAAUUUUAGAUUAACGUUAGUAACGAUAGUAGAAGCUCAUCCAUUUUUUGCAUUUUACGUUAUUAUUAGAAAUGACGUUGCAUCCUUUAUCAGAAAUAGAUCGUAAAUUUUCUCUUAGAUUUUCUAUUCGAUCGGAAAUCGUUAAUCCAAACAAUCCCGACGAAAUGUGGACGAUGUGGAUAGCCGGAAGAUAUCUAACAUAAUCAGUAAUUCCGUCCGAAUGAAAAUUUAAAUCGCGCGAUUUUCUCGUAAAUACAUUUUCCGAAUGUCUUCGGACGUGGAACUCUGCGUGAUAUAGAAACAAACGCGGCGUGAACUCGAAAUCUCACGUUGCCUAAAUAUCCGCCCGCGUGCAUUUACGAGAUGCCGUUUUAACUGGCCGCAUCACGUGACAAGCUAUGCUGAAUGCGUACACCACAGCAGAAAUUGAAGUGGUGCGGGGCAGUCGCGAGACAUCCUCGGUUGGUCGCUGACGCGUUAACGUAACGUGAGCCAGUUACUUCCUCAGAGUCGAAUUACAUCCGGGGGUUGUCGUCGCGUUUACGGAUGCAUUUAAUCCGAGACGGCUCUUCCGACGGCCUAAAAUUAGUGGAUCGACAAGGUAUAUUCCACUCAUAUUGUUCCACGCAUGAAGCUACAUAGCUCGUCAGGUCCCUCCCGUGCACGCUGAGGAAGUAAGAAUUAGGAGGACUGAUUGUAAUACUUAAACGGCUAACCCACGUAUGUUCAAUGACCGAAAACAAAGAAAAUUACGAUCUAUACUAGUAACUACUGAAAGUUGAUUGAAACUAUAUAUAUAUAAUAGUGAUAUAAACAAGUCAGAGGAAAUUUGCGAAAUCAUGGAGAACUCGAAGGAAGAAUAUAUAAAUAUGCAGCUGAUUGACUCUCAAAGUCCUUAUAAAAAUAUCAUUGACCUUAAAAAUGCUAUUAUUUUCAGAGGACUCGUAGACGGAUUUAUGAUAACAUAUCAAUUGGGAAUUUGCUGCGUUUAUAUUGUAUUUGUAGCAACAAAUAUCAAACAGGUGGCAGAUCAGUAUUGGAAUCCUUUGGAUGUUACGACCCACAUGCUUAUUUUGUUGCUUCCGUUGAUUUUAAUAAAUUAUAUUAGAAAUUUGAAGUUACUAGCACCGUUUUCCACGCUAGCGAAUCUUAUUACAUUCGUUGGGCUCGCCAUGACUCUAGUGUAUAUGUUUAAAGAUCUACCGUCAAUCAGCGAAAGAGAAAUGUAUGGUUCAUUAAGAAAUUUUUCUCUUUAUUUUGGAACGACGCUGUUUGCGUUAGAAGCCGUCGGUGUGAUUAUAGCUUUGGAGAACAAUAUGAAGACGCCGCAAUAUUUUGGAGGCUACUGCGGAGUAUUGAAUAUAGGAAUGACUGUGAUAGUCAUUUUAUACAUAAUCAUGGGUUUUUUCGGCUAUAUAAAAUACGGAUCUGAAGCUGCGGGAAGUGUCACUUUUAAUUUGCCGCAAGAAGAAGCUAUGGCUCAAAGUAUUAAAAUAAUGUUCGCGAUCGCCAUUUUUAUAACAUAUGCCUUGCAAGCCUAUGUGCCCGUUGAGAUUCUGUGGACCACUUAUUUGGAUCAUCGAAUACAAAACCGCAAAAUUUUGUGGGAAUACGUUUGUCGAACUGUCGUUACAAUGGUCACAUUCGUUUUGGCAAUCGCUAUACCGAGACUCGGCCUAUUUAUCUCCCUCUUUGGCGCGCUCUGUCUAUCCGCUCUUGGUAUCGCCUUCCCGGCGAUUAUCGAGAUAUGCGUAUUGUGGCCGGACAACGAUUUCGGCCCCCUCAAAUACAUACUAAUCAAAAACAUCCUCCUGAUCGUAUUCGGACUGCUGGGUCUCGUGGUGGGGACCUACGUCAGCAUCGUGGACAUAGUGAACUCCUUUAAGUGAAUCACGCGAUCGGAAUGCAUGCACGCGGAUAUUUUCCGAAGUAGAAAGACGUACGAGACGCAGCUUGCAAACGAGCCUCGGCCAAGACGAGUUACACAGUUCAAAAUAUCUGCGAAAAGCAAAGAAGUAGCUCUUAAGCUCGUGUCUCUCUCCUUUCUCUCUCUCUCUCUCUCUCUCUCUCUCUUUCUCUUCUUUCUCCCUUUUAUCGCCGUGAGAGUUUACUUAGACUUUAUAUAGGCAAUGAAAAAAUAGACGCGCCGCGCUAGUUGAUCGAAGAGCACUCGGAAUAACAGCCUCCGAUCGCAAAUAAUCAGGGGGCUCGAUCUGUGAUGAAAUCUCUCCUAGCAACAAUAAUGUACCGAAAAA